AUGUCUGGUCAGGAAAUUACCCACCCCACUAUUGUCGACGGCUGGUUCAGAGAGAUCUCUGAUACUAUGUGGCCAGGCCAAGCCAUGACGUUGAAAGUCGAUAAAGUCUUGCACCAUGAGAAAUCGAAAUACCAGGAUGUCUUGGUCUUCAAAUCCACCGAUUAUGGUAACGUGCUGGUCUUGGAUAACGUGAUUCAAGCCACCGAGCGUGAUGAGUUCUCAUACCAAGAGAUGAUUUCUCAUCUGGCUCUGAACUCUCAUCCAAACCCAAAGAAAGUGCUUGUUAUCGGUGGUGGUGACGGUGGUGUCUUGAGAGAAAUUGUGAAACAUGAGCUGGUGGAGGAAGCCUGGUUAUGUGACAUUGACGAGGCUGUCAUCAACGUCUCCAAGAAAUACUUGCCUGAAAUGUCCGCUUCGUACUCUCAUCCAAAGGUCAAAACGUACAUUGGUGAUGGGUUCCAAUUCUUAAGGGACUACCAAAAUACUUUUGAUGUGAUCAUUACUGAUUCUUCUGAUCCAGAGGGUCCUGCUGAAACUUUGUUCCAAGAGGAGUACUUCAAGCUGCUAAAUAGCGCUCUAACUGAAAAGGGUGUGAUCACUACCCAAGCUGAAAGCAUGUGGAUUCACUUGCCUAUCAUUAAGGAUUUGAAGAAAGCUUGUAGCGCUGUUUUCCCGGUCGCUGAGUAUGCCUACACUACCAUCCCAACAUAUCCAACGGGUCAAAUCGGCUUCAUGGUAUGCUCUAAGGAUAAGGAGGCUAACGUCAAGAAGCCAUUGCGCCAGUUGUCUGACGAAGAGGAAUCAAAGUUGUACAGGUACUACAACAAGAGAAUCCACGAAGCUUCAUUCGUGCUACCUACCUGGGUUGCCAAAGAAUUGAACAACUAG